GGGUUGCCGGAGGCUCCCGGUUCCGGACGUCUCGCCGGUGGCUGGGGAGACACACUUGUGUUCUUCAAGUGCUGACGGGCCGCGGCGGCGGACCCAGGGCUCUGGCGGCAUCACGGAGGCGCAGGCUGUGUCCGAGGGUUCGGGGCCGGGCGCCCCCGGUCCCGGGACAGCCCCUCCGGUGACGGUACUAGUGAUGCGGCAAGACGAGGCCGCGGCGGAUGGCGCGCUAAGGCCGGGCCCGGCAGGGAGCGAAGCGGCGGUGGAUGCGGAGGACGAGGCGGGGGACGACGACGCCGACCUGCUGGACACUUCGGACCCGGCGGGCGGCGGCGAGAGUGCGGCCAGUCCUGAGGAGCUGGAGGACGAGGGUGCCGAGGGCGGCGGCGGCGGGGCGCGCAGGCGGGGUUCCAAGACCUGCACCUACGAGGGCUGCCGCGAGACCACCAGCCAGGUAGCCAAGCAGCGCAAGCCCUGGAUGUGCAAGAAGCACCGCAACAAGAUGUACAAGGACAAGUACAAGAAGAAGAAGAGCGAAGAGGCCCAGGGCUCCGGCGGCGCCUCGGCGGCCAGCGCAGGCAAUGUCAAGCUGGAGGAAAGUGCAGACAACAUACUCUCCAUUGUCAAGCAAAGAACAGGAUCUUUCGGGGAUCGCCCUGCAAGGCCUACUCUGUUAGAACAAGUGUUAAAUCAGAAAAGACUGUCAUUACUAAGAAGUCCAGAAGUUGUCCAGUUUUUACAGAAACAGCAGCAGCUAUUAAAUCAACAAGUUUUGGAGCAAAGACAGCAGCAGUUUCCAGGAGCACCAGUGUGAGUGGCUCACAAACUCUGAUUUCUCUUACUAUAAUGGAUGGAUGGACUUUUAUAAUAAAGGUGAUAUCCUGAUAGUCAGGCAUUGGUGGUGCACACCUGCAAUCCCUGUACUUUGGAGACUGAGCCAAGAAGAUCCCAAGUUUGAGCCAGCCUGGACUACAUAGCAAGCUUCUUUCUCAAAAAGAAAAAAAAAGAGGUAGAGAGAGGCUGUUAGCAAAAAUAUUUUCCUGUAAAUGUGCGUGUGCAUUUGGGGAUAGAUAAGUAUUGCAUUUUUGCAUCUAAUCCUUCCAGAUUGCUAUGAGUUUGAAAAAAAUCACCUUUACAGUUUUUAAUGUUUUUCUUCAGUUGUGCGUACUGGAGCUAAUGAGGCAGUUACUUUCUGUGGAAGUUAUAGUUCAGAGUAAUAUCAGUUCAUCCAGCACCAUGAUUCUCUCCGGAGGCAUGGAACGGAGUGUUUAGGGUUGUCCUAGAGACAUUAAACAUAGCUAGGCUGGGGUGAGGGGCCAGGAAUACUGAAUGUUUUCAGGGUCUGUGAUGUUCCCUUGCCAUUAAUGCACCUCAGCUGCAGCGAUAACCUGAAGUCAGAGUGCCAAGGUCAGGUUCUCGUAAUAAUCGUUCUUUACAGUUCAGACAGACUCUGUGAGAGCUGAGCGUGCUCACACCUGUGAAGAGAGUGAUCGUGUAAACUACAGAGCGCACAAAGCUGGCACCUUGACUGUUGUGUCUCUCUCCUCCAAGGCAGACCAUCUCUUGAAUUUGUCAACAGUUUAGACAUCUCAGCCCGCCAAGGCCAGGGCAGAAUUGGUUUUCUUAUAUUCAUUUAUUCUUACGUUCUUCAUAAAGGAGAUCCUGAAAAUAGAGGAACACUCCACAUUUUGUCAGUGGUUUUCAGAACUAACUUUAACUCUUAUUCCUAAGUACUAUUUAUUAAAAGAUUCAUGAAUUAUUUUUUUCUUUUACUUGCUCCUAAGAAAACUUUCAAAAGGCAAAAAUACCAUGAGAUGAAGACUCAAAUGUCAAGAGUAUAUCCAGGAGUAGGUUAAUAAAUGUGUCACAGGCUGAACUCUGCAGAAGUGUGUGGUUGGUUCCUAGGCUCUGAAAUGUACAUGAUGCUAAGCUUACAGCUAUUAUAGUAAGUACUCAAGGGCUGGGGAUGAGAUUAGCCUUAGAGCACUUGCCUAGCCUGUGCAAAGGCCCUCGAUUCAAUUCCCUGCAUCACCACCACAACAAACAAAUAGAGGGAAAAGGGUGUUUUUCUCCAUUUUGUGCUGUACACUUGUGUACCUGAAAAAGACCAUUUUGCCAAAAUCAUUAAAGUCCUGUUGUUGACCUUUGA